GGCUUCCAGAGGAGGCGUGGAGUCGGGCCGCCGCGGGGUGGGACUUCGAGUGGAACGGGAGGGGCUAUUAGGUGGGAGGUGGCCACCCUCGGAAGCUCCAGAUUGCCAAAGGGCGGAGUUCGACGUUUGGUGUGGGGAAGCCUUGGGGAAGCAGUCCCGUGCGAGCGGGUGGGGUUUGGAUAAAUGGCAGCGGGCGUGGGGUGUGGGGGUGUGUGGCCAGAGGCCCUUUUUUUUACACCUUGGAGAAACUUUAGUGAUAGAGUAGACAAGCUUGGGGUAGAUAAGUAGCUUUGGGGUGAAAUAGGCGAAGGAGUAGAUGAACUUUGAGAUGAAGUAGACGGAAAACUAGCUUGGUAGCGCGGCGGGCAAGGCGGGUGCCAUGGCCCUGAUUGAAGGGGUGGGUGAUGAGGUGACCAUCCUUUUCGCGGUACUUGCCUGCCUUGUGGUGCUGGCUCUCGCCUGGGUCUCAACACACACCUCGGAGGGCGCCGAUCCACCGGCCCAGCCAUCAGGGACCCCAACACCAGCACAGCCCAGCGAAGCCAUGGCGGUCAUCGAUAACAUCAGAGGGGAGGCCCCGGGAGCCGAGACCCCCAGCCUGAGACACAGAGGUCAGGCUGCACAACCAGAGCCUGGCACAGGGCUCCCAGCGACGCCACCACCCCCAGACUCUCCCCAGGAGCCCCUAGUACUGCGGCUGAAAUUCCUCAACGAUUCAGAGCAGGUGGCCAGGGCCUGGCCCCAUGAGACCAUUGGCUCCCUGAAAAGGACCCAGUUUCCCGGCCGGGAGCAGCAGGUACGACUCAUCUACCAAGGGCAACUGCUGGGAGACGACACCCAGACCCUGGGCAGCCUUCACCUGCCUCCCAACUGCGUUCUCCACUGCCACGUGUCCACACGGGUCGGUCCCCCACACCCUCCAUGCCCACCGGGGUCAGAGCCAGGCCCCUCCGGGCUGGAAAUAGGCAGCCUGCUGCUGCCCCUGCUGCUUCUGCUGCUGCUGCUGCUCUGGUACUGCCAGAUCCAAUACCGACCCUUCUUCCCCCUGACUGCCACUCUGGGUCUGGCCGGCUUCACCCUGCUUCUCAGUCUCCUGGCCUUUGCCAUGUACCGCCCGUAGUGCCUCCACGGGCUCUCAGCAGUGUGGCUGGCCCCGCUGGACCUCGCUCCUCACAACACGGUGGGAGCUGCUGUCUGCCCAGACCCACCGCUCCAGCCUGCCUCUUCCCACUACCCUGGAGCCCAGCCCUGCGUCGCAGGGCAUUCCAGGGGAAGGGGAAGGCUCCUCCCUGUGACCUCCAUGGCUCUGAGCCACCUCCCCCAGCUGUUGGCUCUCAGCCCCCACUGACAGCCGGGUCCUCCGGGUCAGGCAGCUGCUGUACCUGCCUUGGCCCUGGGCAGAGUGGGACCACACCCCUGGCCCGGCUUAGUGCUCUGCCUGAGGACCCAGCCACCUCUAGUCCCUAAUUGCUCCUUGUGCUGAUUUGGGGACCCAAGGACCUUGAGGGGACUGAAGGGGCGGAGGAAAUUCUCUGGAACAUGUGCAGAUUAAAUUACUGUGAAGUUUUCA